UCCAAACACCACUCCCUCCUGUAAGCCCUUUCUGACCUCAGAGCAGGUCUCCUCUCGCCCCAGCAGAGGACCAGCCUCUUCCAGAGAUCUAGGGGAAUGUGUUUACCAGACUCACGGAGCUUAGGGAAAGGAGCGACGGGAUAAGGGGUGCGGGUUGGAGGCAUUAAGGGGGUCGCGCAACCCCUACCCCGCGAGAAAGGGAAGCCAAAUCCCAACUUCUCAAACCCAGAUCCAUGCUUGAGGAGCGACGGCAGCGCGCAGAGUGGCCGGUCACAGGGCGGAAGUGCAUCCCUGGAGCCGUUCUAGGAAAUCCGGAGGACCCAGCUCGUCAGUGAUCCUGGGGCUGCAGUGGGCAUCGUCCGGGACACAGGGCCACUCCAGGGAGCGGAUUGUGCAGGCAGAGGCGAGAUGGCACUCGGGUUAGGCCGAGAACCGCCAAAACGCAAGGCUGGAGAAGGUGAGGAGGCGUCGGCGCGCUGACCACCUGUGCCUCCGGCGGAGUGCGGCGCGCGCUGAUUGGCUGGAGUGCAGCCCGGGUACCGGAAGUGGCCGAUGCCCGUCGCCCGUGAAACCAGGACAACAGCUGCGGGUUCUGCGCCAGCGGCGGAGCGGCGCCGGGAGCCCGAGCGGAGCGGGCGAGGGGCGGCGGCGGCCUGCGACUGUGAGAUGGGGACUGAGAACAAGGAGGUGAUUCCCAAGGAAGAAAUUUCUGAAGAAUCUGAGCCACAUGGGGCAAUAUUAGAAAAACUUCCAAAGGUGGUUUGCCAGGGUCAUGAGUUUGGAGCAGCAUGUGAAGAAGACAUGUUGGGGGAGCAUUUGAGAGAGUCCACAGAGAACAUUAUGGAGCAGAUGUCUCCUCAGGAGAGAGACUUUGCAUCAGGGUUGAUUAUCUUUAAGAAGUCACCCUCAAGUGAGAAAGACCAGGAGAAUAAUGAGAGUGAGAGAGUCUGUAGACCCAGCCCAAACCUGAUUGCACAUCAUCGAGGUCCUGCAGCCGAGGCAGUGAGCACAUUUGCUGCGUCUGGCCAAAACUUCAUAGAGAACUUGGAACCUAACAAAACACAGAGAAGUGCUGUGGGAGAAAAGCCUCAUACUUGUAAAGAAUGUGGGAAAGCUUUCAAUCAGAACUCACAUCUUAUCCAGCAUAUGAGAGUUCAUAGUGGAGAGAAACCCUUUGAAUGCAAAGAAUGUGGAAAAACAUUUGGAACUAACUCAAGCCUUCGAAGGCAUCUGAGAAUUCAUGCUGGAGAGAAACCCUUUGCUUGUAAUGAAUGUGGAAAGGCCUUCAUUCAGAGUUCACAUCUUAUCCACCAUCAUAGAAUUCAUACUGGAGAGAGACCUUAUAAAUGUGAAGAAUGUGGUAAAGCCUUCAGUCAGAAUUCAGCCCUCAUUCUACAUCAGAGAAUCCACACUGGAGAGAAACCAUAUGAAUGUAAUGAAUGUGGGAAGACCUUUAGGGUUAGCUCACAGCUGAUUCAGCAUCAGAGAAUUCAUACUGAAGAAAGAUAUCAUGAAUGCAAUGAGUGUGGCAAGGCCUUCAAGCAUAGCUCAGGCCUUAUUAGACACCAGAAAAUUCAUACUGGAGAAAAACCUUACCUGUGUAACGAAUGUGGAAAAGGCUUCGGUCAGAGUUCUGAGCUUAUUCGGCAUCAAAGAAUUCAUACAGGGGACAAACCGUAUGAGUGUAAUGAAUGUGGGAAAACUUUUGGCCAGAACUCAGAGAUUAUUAGACAUAUUAGAAUUCAUACUGGUGAGAAGCCCUAUGUAUGUAAGGAAUGUGGGAAGGCCUUCAGGGGGAACUCAGAACUUCUUAGACACGAGAGAAUUCACACUGGAGAGAAACCCUAUGAAUGCUUUGAGUGUGGAAAGGCUUUUAGGCGGACCUCUCACCUUAUUGUCCACCAGAGAAUUCAUACUGGAGAGAAACCUCAUCAGUGUAAUGAAUGUGCAAGAACCUUUUGGGAUAAUUCUGAGCUGCUUCUCCACCAGAAAAUUCAUAUUGGAGAGAAACCUUAUGAAUGCAAUGAGUGUGAGAAAACAUUCAGCCAGCAUUCCCAACUUAUCAUACAUCAGAGAAUUCACACUGGAGAGAAGCCUUACGAGUGCCAAGAAUGUCAGAAGACCUUUAGUCGGAGCUCUCACCUCCUCCGACAUCAGAGCAUUCACUGUAUGGAAUGAUCGGCAAAAGAAGAAGCUUUCUGUGGGAAAGCUGAAGUCGUACUUAUUAAUUUGUUCAUAAUCUGCACUCCAAGUUUUUAGAUCAAAUGAAUGGACAGACCGUCUCUGUCCUUCCACUGAUUUUUAUUUAAAUAGUUGAAAAGGAUGAGGCACUUUUAUGAACUAUUCAUUGAGAAGUUUUAAUGUACUGAGUUAAAGCAUAAAAGCUGUUUCAGGCCUUAAUUCUCCUCUGUCCCUUUUUCCUUCUUCCCUCCUCCCCUAGUGGAUCACAUGACAUUAGGGGUCUGUUCCAGUCAUCCAGCCUGAAUUGUUAACUCUUCAGGAAAAAUGGAGGAACGUGAUUCCAUCACCUCCUGAAAAUGAGAGAGUUGACUCAUUGAAUGUUUUCCCCUGAAAUGUCAGAAAGUUGUGGCCUAGAGGACACACCUUGUUUUCCUGUCCACUGUUUAGCAUUGGAAUAAUUUAGUAAGCUUUUAUUAGCUUCAAAAUCUUCCAAAUAUGCUAUCAAGUUCCCUUAGAAGAUGGCAGCAUUAAUGAAGUGGGAAGCUUGGGUCAUUUUACAUCUCCCGCUGUGCUUCCUCGCCUGUCUGAAGAGGGUGCCAUGAUGGAGGAAACUGACAGGCAAUUCACAGGAUUCUAAGUGAAGGCCCUUAGAAUCCAGAGGGGGUGAUGAGCAAAGCCAGGGGAUAAAGAAGUGAGGCCAGACUGCUCAGCAGGGGCAGAAGCAGCUCUUUAGCAGCUACUCCCCACUUGAGGGCUGCUCAGACUUGACUGCUCCCAAGAACUCUGCUGCAUUCACUUGGCACCAGUUCCUGUUGCUGCUGACAGAUCCUGUGUCAGGAAGUAGCCAGUGUCAUCAGGACCUGGCCACAGUGAUGAGCUGGUUCACCUGACUGACCAGGGCCUUCCCUCGCCAAAGCACUUAAGCUCUCAUGACCUGGAGUCCGCUGCUGGGGGCCCUGGCUGAUGGGCCAGGAUGUAACGCCUCUUCUCUGUGCCCUUGGCCUUGUAAUUCUCUCUCCAACAUCUCUACAUGAGUUUUCUGUGUUUUCCUGUGUGUUAUUUUUUUUUUGAGGAAGCACAUCCUCGAUUUUUCACGUGUCUAUGUUGCUGAGGGAGUGGGUGGGAGUGGGAAGUGCACUAAUGGGGAUCCAGCAGGCCUGGGGUCUGGUAGAAGACCUUGAAUGAGGCACUUCACCUGCUGGGCCCUAACUUUCUCAUCUGGAAAAUGAAGGGACUUGAACUGAAUGAUCUCUGAAGUUUCAACCAGCCCAAUAAUUCCUUGAUUCUUUUUUUUUAAAUCUAACUUUAUAAUCUUCAGUGUUCUAUGCUUUAACCUCUUCUUUAUUACAUUAAUACUAAUCACUAGUAUUAUUUAUUGUUUAUUAUAUGCCAGGCACAGUGCCAGAUAGUCUACAUUUUUAUUUUCACAACAUCUCAAUGAUGUGAGUACUCUUAAAAAAAAUGUUUUAUUGAGGUAUAAUUGACACACCAUAAAAUUCACCUGCUUUUAAGUGUUCAGCUUUUUAGUUAAUUUACAGAGUUGCACCACCAUCAAUGAUGUGAGUGCUCUUACCCUGAUUUUAAAGAUGCAGAGGGGCAGGGGAUAAGUACCUUACCCCUUGAUCACACAGCUGGUAAGUCCGACAGCCAAGACUCCAACCCUGGUCUGGGCUCUUAACCCCUGUGCUGUGUUAUGGAUAGGCAGAUUCAUUACUGCCUUAUUUGAAACCUUGUGCACAUUUUUUACUAGUUAUUAAUUACUACAUGGAUUUGAAUAUAAUAGAUUUAAAUCGUGUCCUUGGAAGCAUAACUGGUCACAGCCAAAACCCACAAAGUGGCUUUAUUCUGUACCCCAGUAUGUGUUCCCCAGGUUCAGACCCUUGACUUGAGGGCUGUACACACACAUCACAGUUUCCACAUCAUGUACCUCUGCCUCCAGCAGUCAGACUCUCAGCAGAAGUUCUGUGACAUCUCUUUCCUUACAGUGAUUACAAGUGCAGUGUGCUCUCCUUCCUUUGUUUGUUGCUCAUGUUCAAAUUGAAUUAUACCCAGACUACCUUUCUCAAGUGAAACCUGUAUGUCACCUAUCUCUUUAACUUCUUAUUCCUGUGUUUGCAUAUUUUAUUUCCACAUUCACCCCUUGCCAGCCCCUGAUAUAGAACUCAGCAACUCUUCAAGCUCCCGCCAAAGAAUCCACUCACACAAACGCAUCCAUGAGUAGUAUGGACUUUACUGAAGAUGCUGUAAGAGGUAGAGAAGGGGGUACAUCCUAUUAGACAUUUUGUUCUCAGAAGUCCCUCUUGGCCAACCUGCCACUGUAGGUUUUUCUCUUUGUCUUCCCCCUCUCCGGGCUCAGUCACCUCAACAACUUUUUUCUUGCCGGAUAUCCAGUCCUCUCCCCCAGCUUAAUUACCGUCUUAAACCCACUACUUAGCAAAAGAAAAGGCCCUUUAGUUAACAGUCCACGCAUUGGAACCUUAGAAGCCAAUUUAGUGACCCACUUGUACUGUACCUGAGCAUAUUCUUAAAGGGACGUCUCACAUUUCAUUCCAAGAAGAAUCUUCCAGUAUAUAAAUGCACACAUAUUAGUGCUUUCCCAAGAGGAAUUCUUGUGAAUGAAAUGAUCUGCACCUUGUUACAUACGCCACGCACACUUUCUGUAACUUCGUUCCCUGGUACACCUCUCAUCUGGUUAUCUCAGGAAGAUUGCUCUCUUUUCUUCUGUUUGCCUCCUUCCCUCUCAAUUUACUUGGGAGUCAAAAUCUGACCAUAAUUAUGACUGGUAGUCACAAUUUUGUGCAAAUAGAAUUCUAUCAAGGAAAAGAAAAGACAUGAAUUUUCUUAAUUUUAGACCAUUAGAAAAACCAGGCCUCACAAUCUCAAAGAUCUACCUAAAUACCCAGAAAUACCCUUCAGAAUUUUUGCAGCUAUGUCCAUAUACAUUUUCAUCCUUCUCAAACAGUUUUACUGGUAUACUCACACUUCUGGGUGAAUAAAGUAUUUCUUUACAAUUUUACUGAUUUGAUACCUUUCUAAUGUUUAUUAUUCCAAAGUACGUCAUUUCAUUAUGGUUUUAAUAUGACUUUGUAUGCCAGUUUCAUCUCCGUCCUCUAAGUUUCACCCUUACCUAAGUACUCCACAUGCUGUGCUCUGCUAGCGUCUGGUGUUGCAUGUGCUCUUCACUCUGUCCUUGAUCUGCUUUCCUUGCUGAGAUCCUUUACCUUUCAUAACAGAACAAGUGUUAUCUAUUUUGUUAAUAUAUAUAUGAAUAUAUUUAUCUGUAUAUAUAAAUAAUAGGGGUAUAUUUACACGUUUUUCAUGAUUCACUUAAUGUAAGAGAUUCUGAAUCUGGAUAGUCUAUUUUUUUUAAAAAAAAUCAUUGAAACUGAA